AUGGAGGAACACUUGCGCCACAGUCUUUCCAACCAUCCCAAUGUCUUUCAGACCAUCCACCACACCAGCUCACCGUCCCAUCGGUCCGAGAGAAUCUCUCUUUCUUUCAACGAGGGGACCACCACCGCCCUGGACCAUGAGCUCACCACCAUGCAACAACACCGCACCGGGAGCUCCAGUGACGAGGAGGGUCAACCUCCACCCCGAUAUACCCGUGAAAAUGAUCCUUUCCAGCUUGCCUCAAAACUCAAGUCCGAGGAGGAGAUUCGACAGAUCAAAGCCAAUAGCUCGCGGAAACGGGAUCCCACCGGCACAAACAAAGGCCGGAAGGUGGCAGAUCUCAUGCAUCACACAACCCGUCUCGGAAGAACAACUUUUAUCACUAAGAAGUUGCAAGGCUUCUACGAGUCUCAGAAUGAAAACAUCGAACGCAUGCUGAAGCCAGUCGAGGAGCACCGGCGCGCCGCCCGCGAGCUCAACAUCGACAACCGCCUCAAGUACCGAAUCGCCGUGUAUGGCAGUUUCGCUGCGAACAUCGUCCUCUCCGCCAUUCAAGUGUACGGUGCUGUAUCAUCUGGAUCACUCUCGUUGUUCACCACUAUGGCCGACGCCAUCUUCGACCCCAUGUCCAACCUGACCCUCUUGCUGUGUAACAAGGCUGUCAACCGCGUUGACGCGCGCAAGUUCCCCGCUGGAAAAGCCCGUCUCGAGACCGCAGGCAAUAUCUGUUUCUGCUCUCUCAUGACAGCCGUCUCUUUCAUCAUCAUCGCUUUCUCCAUUCGUGAGCUGGCAGUGGGCUCCGAACAUGAAACGCAAAAUUUCCAUCUCCCCUCCGUUAUCGCUGUUGCGGUUGCCUUUGCCACCAAGUUCUGCCUGUUCCUGUACUGCUGGGCCCUGCGCAACCAGGUCUCGCAGAUUCGCAUUCUAUGGGAGGAUCACCGUAACGAUCUGUUUAUCAACGGGUUCGGUAUCCUGACCUCCGUCGGUGGCAGUAAGCUGCGCUGGUGGAUCGAUCCCAUGGGUGCUAUCAUUCUCUCCGUGUUGGUCAGUGUGCUCUGGUUGCACUCUGCCUAUGGCGAGUUCCAGUUGCUUGUCGGCGUAACUGCCGAUACAAACAUGCAACAGCUCAUCACCUAUAUCUCCAUGACCCAUUCGCCAUUCAUCACAGCAAUCGAUACCGUCCGCGCCUACACUUCCGGCCCUCGCCUCGUAGUCGAAGUAGAUGUCGUCAUGGACCCAGAGGCAACCCUGCGAGCCACCCAUGAUGUCGCCGAAGAGCUACAGAUCAAGCUCGAGUCACUUCCCGAUGUUGAACGUGCCUACGUGCAUGUCGAUUACGAGACUACGCACAAGCCCGAGCACUCCCUCAAGAAAGAGCUCUAG